CACGUCCCUUGUGGAACGCCGGCUGUGUCCUCCUGCGCCAAUGUGGGUCCCACCGGCCCCCCGCAGCCCCCGCCUCCUGCUCCGCUGUGCUUCCACGCGGCCGUCCGAGCACCGGGGGAGGCCGUGGGUGCUGGUGACGGUCUGGACGGCCUCGGGGUAACAUGCGUGGCCCCGUGCCGUCCUGCUGUCCGCGGAGUGUGGUUGGGGCCUUGCCACUGUCUACGGCACGAUUGCCACAGCUACUCAGCGUGGGCCGUGGGCCGUGGCCCCAUGAGGCGAGGCGAGCCCGGGACGCCACGCUCCUGAGGCCGUGCCCUGGGGGCCCGCGGCCUGCUCUGUGGGUUCUUUCCGGGAGGCGGUCAGGGAGACGGGGGCCACGUGAAUGUGGUCGUAUGUGCCAGCGUGAGUGAGGUGUGCAUUGUCAGACCCGAGUGAAGAAACGGUUGCAAAAAAUAUCUUUUUUUUUUUUAGAAAACCCAGUGUCUUGCGUUAGUCCUGGAGAUGCACGCCCUCUCCCCCCGUCUGUGGUUUCUGGGCGCCCCUCGUGGGGAGCAGUUCCGUUGUGGCGGGCAGGCCCCGGAGCCCCCGCGGGGUCCCUGUCAUGGGGGCCGCACGGCCGGCGAGGCUCAGCAGCACCCCUCGCGGGGCCAACGGUGGGAGCCCAUGUCGCCCGGAGGACGGACAGAGAGGGAGAAGGCGGGCUGCACCCGGGACGCCACUCAGCCUUUGCGCGGGACUGCACCGCGGGUGACAAGGCGACGCUCCGCAGGACGUCCGCUGAGUGAAAGGAGCCGGUCCCAGGAGGACGCGAGCUGCCCGCCUCGGCCUGCGUGAGGGCCCCGAUGGCGGGGCUGCAGCGGCGCAGGGUGGCGGUGCCGGCGGGCCGGGCGGCCUGCGCAGAGGUCUGCAGGGGCGUUCUUGCCAGACAGCGGGAACCCCUCCCCGCUCCACAGCGGCCUGGGGUGACCUGGUGCCCCCCGGGCCCCGCCCAGGCCCUGCCCGGGCUUGCCGUCGACUCGCGGCCCGGUGGGGUGUCUCCCGGGGGCUCCCCGGGGGCUGCGCCGCCCGCCCCGUGGCCUCGGCUUGCCCCCCGCUUCACCAGCUUUACGAGACGGAGUCACUCGUUGCACUGUGCGGCCCGUUCAGGGCGGUGGUCCUGGUGCCUUCACCCCAAAGGAAACCUGCCCGUUAGCGGUCACCUCCAUCCCCCGCAACCCGUAAGCUGCUUCUCGUCCGUGGACUUGCCCGUCGUGGACGUGGCCCACAUCCGUACACGUCGGCCCCGCAAGACCCACUCGGCGAGCACGCGGUCGUCCGGGCGUGGCUGUCGCUCCGCGGGCAUCUGGGUGCUCCUGCUCUGCGGCCGGGGGGCGGUGGUGCUGGGACACCCGUGCACAAGCGUUCGCGUGGACCCGCUUCCAGGGCUCCGGACAGGCCGCCGGGGUGGCAUCGCCGGCCCAUCCCGCAGCUCGGUGUGGACGCCGGUUACCGAGGAAGAGCCGCCCUGGGCCACGGCAGCUGCCCUGUCCUGUGUCCCCUGUGGUGCUGUGUGGGGGUGUCCAGGGACAGCCGUCCCGAGGGGUGCAAAGGGGCGUCUCCCUUGGUUUGGGUGUGCGUUCUCUAACACUGAUGGUACUGAGCGUCUUCCCGUGUGCCCGUGGGCACCCACGCAUGCUCUCUGGGAGCGUCCGUUCGGAUGGUUUGUCUGCACCUGCGCCACUGUCCGGGCGCUUGAAUGCGGAUGGAAGUGGCCGGGCUGGCAGGGUCACUGGGACCGAGUGCCCCUGACGGGCGGCUUUUCCGCUCACCCUGCCCCGGGUGCCCCUGGGUGGAAGGGGCUGUGGCUGGUGAGGGUCCCGGUAUCGUCUCACGGCCACACUUCCGUCAGGCUCCUGCCUGGAAGUGAAGGAGGGGGACAGACCCCAGAGGCUGCGCAUUAGCCCCAUAUCCGGCCCCGCCUCGGCCCGGGCUGCUGGAAGGAAAGCCACCAUUGCCUCCUUUCUGCAAAUGGGGAAACUGAGUCCCAGGCAGUCGGGUGUGGAGCCCGCUCUCCAGGCCCUGGCCUCCGUCCUCAGGGCCCAGCCCCAUCAGAAGACGGAUGGGCAGGUGUCAUGGUCCUGCUUCCCGGUCUGCGUGGUCACCUUUCUCGGGACGCCUGGCCGUGGUGGCCGUGCGCCAGCGGGCGGGAUCAGCACAGCCACACUGGCGGCCCGGAGGUCCUGGGCUGGGGGCGCACGUGCACGCACCCCUCCUCCCGUUCUGUUGAUGAAACACGACAGUCCCUCGAGUCAUCGUAGUUGGACCUGACGAUGCCCACCCACGAUUACGGUUUUCCUCCACUUGUCCUUCCCGUUUGUCUUCAUCCUGAUUUUUGCUCAGAAAACAUAAUUAUAAUUUAGGAAAGUCAAACUCAUGACACAUGAACCGUCGGAGCUCGUUUCUAGCAGGAGGUCCCCUCCGGACAACGCUGCGUCGAGGUGCCCGGAGCGCGGGCUCGGCCUGUGUCCCCCGCCGUGGGGCCUGGACCCGAGCGCGGCCUCCUGGCCCUGCUGACUCUGCGCCCCUGUG